AUGAUAAAAGCUUUCAAUUUGUUAACUUUAUUUCUUGUUUGUUAUCCAAUCGUAACAACGUCGACAGUAGUCUUCAACGUUGUUGAUUAUGGAGCAAUUGGCGAUGGACAAGCUGAUGAUACAAAUGCAUUCGCAAGAGCAUGGGAAGAGACAUGUGCAUCAUUGUCGCCUCCGGCCAUGAUAAUUCCUUCAGGGAGGUCAUUCUUGAUCCAACCAUUGCGCUUCAUGGGCCCUUGUGAAUCGAACCCUCUCACCAUUUUGAUAGAUGGGAAUCUAGUGGCGCCUAUUGAUCCUUCAACUUGGAAAUGUGAUGCCAAUGACUGUAACCAAUGGCUCUACUUCCACAAAGUCGAGGGCUUAACGCUGCUCGGCCAAGGCAUCAUCGACGGUCGUGGCCAACAAUGGUGGAUGAACAAAGGCCAAACCAGACCAAGCCUUAUGGAGAUCUCAAACUCAGCUAAUGUCAGAGUAGGUGGCGGUCUGAGAUUUGUGAACAGCCCUUUGAUGCACCUCAUCCUCCACGGAUUACAGUCAGUGUUCGUCUCUGACAUCACGGUACAAUCUCCAGAGGACAGUCCCAACACUGAUGGAAUUCAUAUUCAAGCCUCUACAAAUGCCCAUAUUGAUAGUUGCAUUAUUGGGACAGGGGACGAUUGCAUUGCAAUACUUAAUGGGUCGUCGAAUGUAAGGAUUACAAACAUCAAAUGUGGACCUGGACAUGGAAUAAGCAUCGGAAGCUUAGGUAAGAAUGGACAAGAAGACAGAGUCGAAGAUAUUAGAGUGAGCGACGUUGUUUUCUUAGGCACCACCAACGGUGCAAGGAUCAAGACAUGGCAGGGAGGAAGAGGGUACGCUAGAGACAUACAUUUUGAACGAUUUUGGUUUCGAGACACAAUUAAUCCGAUCAUCAUCGACCAAUUCUACUGCAAUCAACGCCAAUGCACAACAAGUAAUUCAGCAGUUGAGAUCAGCAACGUGAGUUUCAAAAUGAUGGUGGGAAGUUCGGGGAGAGAGAAUGUGGUGGUGUUCAACUGCAGCGAAGCCGUUCCUUGUCGGGAUAUCGUGGUGGAAGACAUGCACAUUGUCGCGACGGGGGAUAAGCCGGCAACCUACGGCUGUGCCAACGUCCAAGGAAGAGCUCAAGGCCAUCUCGUUCCUAAUAUUGCAUUUUGA